AUGAGUAGGUCCUUAGACCAUGCUUCGCAUAAAUUGAGCAAACCUAUUAGAAUCGAUCCAGAUGAGGAAUUGCAAAUUGUCCUGAGCAUGCUUUAUUAUCAACCUACCGGUUAUCAUUCUAACCCUCGAAAGUUGUAUAAUGCUAUCAGAGAUAAAGGAUAUAAUUUCCCAUAUAAAAAAGUUCGUGAAUGGUUGCAUAACCAGAAUGAAUGGCAAAAGUAUGCUCCGUCACCGAAAGAUACUCCACGG